AUGGUAGCUAUUUUAAUUAGUGAGGAGCAUGAUGAUAAUGAUGCUUUUUGCAGGGAUACGUUAACAAAUCCUGAACUGAUAGAUUUCUUUCAUCAGCAUCAAAUGAUUGUAUGGGGAGGUAAUGUACGUUAUACAGAGGCAUUUCAAGUUAGUCAUACCCUUCAAGCCACAACAUACCCCUUUAUAGCCAUCAUUGCCUUACAGAAUCCUUCUUCCAGUAAUACUUCUUCGUUGAAUGUAUCAAAAAUGUCAGUCGUGGACCGUAUUGAAGGUCUAAUAUCUGUACCUCUAUUAUUGUGUCGUUUCGAAAAUGUCAUGAAUCGCGUUGAUGCAACUCUCGCACGUUUUCGAAUAGAACGAGAACAACGAGAGGCUGAACGUCGUCUUCGAGAAGAACAAGAUAAAGCCUAUCAAGAAAGUCUACGAGCUGAUCAGCUUAAACAGCAGCGUCUUGAAGAGGAACGUAUAGCUGCUGAAAGGAUAAAGGAGAGACAAGCUAUGUUAGCUCAUCAACGAAAUCAAUACAUUCAAUAUCUUUGCCAGCAUGUCUUUAACAAAGACAAUAAUAAUGAUGAUAAUGAUGAAACAACCAAAAUUAGUUUUCGUCUGGCAAAUGGGGUACGUGUUAUUCGGAAGUUUCGAGCUGAUGAUACAUUAGAGACAUUAUAUCAAUUUAUUGAAGCAUAUCCUUAUUUACAACAAUAUCAACAACAAAAUAAUGAAAACAUCGAUUGUUCUAUGCCUGAGGGAUACAUUCAUGAAUAUAACUUUAAAAUUCACUCGCCAUUCCCUAGAAAGGUAUAUGAGGCUGAUGCUAACAAAAGGAUUAAAGAUGAAAGUGGAUUAUGGCCAAGUGCAACUUUAAUUAUAGAUACCAUUGAUGAAGAAGAGCUAUAA